ACUGUGACGCAGGCGCUCCUGCUUCCCGAAAGUCAACAGCAACAGAAGAAGAGCUCAACAUGGCACCCAAACUUGAACUUCCACACGCUGCAGCGAUCAUCUGGCUCAUAUUGCUGUCCAUGAUCCCACCUGCGGAGGCUUAUGACGCGGGCGAUGCUUUAGCCAUGCUGUUGGGCACCAUCAUCACGGUGGUGGGUUUCUGCGCCUGUCUUGGCUGGUACGCACGGAGGCGGAACGGACAGCUGUGAGAGAGGAUCUCUGGGUUGUGCGCCUGUCCCAUCUUGUUACCAUCCACCGCAUUACUACCUACAUGUGCAAUCUUCUAUACGGACUUUUUGGCACAAAGCGUGUGUCGAAUCGGCUGAUAAGAAACGUGCCUUAUCGGAUUUAAUGCGUCAGGCACAAAGGGGACCACGUGGACUCUGGUUGAGAUGAGGAAGGGGAAAUCCAGGAAGUCCGAAAACAGGAACAGUUACUUGUUGCACUGCUGAGAUUAAGGACCAAAUCACUGUUUGUUUCUGUAUGGAAAGACUGCUUUAUUUCUGAAUAUCCUCCUAAGGAUGCUUGCAUCGUAUAUUGCGCAUUACUAUCUUCCGUGCUUGGAGUGAUCUCAGUGAUUUCCACACUGAUGUGUUUAUGUCUGCAAUGUGCAACACAGCAACGGCAUUAUCUCAAGCACAAUAUCACAAGUGUGGUUAAAUGAAAAGAGAAUCACUACUGUUUCAAUUUCUGCUAUUAAAACAUGUUACA